AUGGCCUCUCGACUCCGGCAGUCGUGCUGCCAGCUUCUCGUCCAGCAGCACGAGCUCGCUGCGAGCUAUGCCAACGUCACUCCUGCCGCCAUCGCAGCCCUCGGCGCAGCCCCGAGCACUUGCCCGCACCUCCCGGCGACCAGGCGGCACGCAUCUUCGGCGGCGGCGGCGGCAGCAGCAGCAUCAGCAUCGGCAGCGGCCAGACCCGUCGACGAUAUCCGAAGCUCCCGCACGCCCUUCUCCUUGGGCACCUCUGGCUCGCCGUCGUCAUCUGCCUCCGGGUCCUCGUCUUCGGUCGCCUCGUGCUCCUACAAGCCCAGGCCCUCGUCGUCGCGCCGCACCUACGGCCAGCCGCUGCCCCACUCGCACCCGCACCUCUUCCCGCGCCGCGGUCCGCUGGGCAACGAGGACCUGGUGGCCUACCCGGGCCAGGAGGUCGGGCUCGACCUGCUCGAUGCCGGCGACGGCCAGGUGGCCACCGACCAGCUGACGCCGGGCAUCCCCGCCGCCGAGUACGAGCAGCGCCGGCGCCGCCUGAUGGAGCAGCUGCCCGACGGCAGCGUCGCCGUCCUCGUCUCUGGGCGCGUCAAGAGCAUGAGCGGCGCCAUCUUCUACAAGUUCCGGCAGGAGUCCAACUUCUGGUACCUGACGGGCUUCCAGGAGCCCGACUCGGCCGUGGUGCUGGAAAGGGACGCCAGCCGCCCGCGCGGCUACCGCAUGACGAUGUACGUGCCGCCGCGCGACGACCACAACGAGACCUGGAACGGCCCGCGCACCGGCGUCGACGGCGCCACCGACGUCUUUGGCGCCGACGAGGCCUACGACAUGGACCCGGCCACGCUCCUCGCCCACCUGCGCCAGAAGCUGCCCGCCUACACGCACGUCUACGUCGACUCGCCCACCCAGCCCACGACGCCCCGCCGCACGUCGGGCUCGCGCGCCUCGGCGGCCGCCUCCAACGUGCUCAACUACCUCUCGCCGCCCUCGACGACGGGCUUCGACCUCUUCAGCAAAAAGAGCGACUUUGACCACGUCGUCAAGCUCCUCGCCGACCCGCGCAAGUGCCACUCGCUCUCGCGCGAGGUCGAGCGGCUGCGCUUCCGCAAGAGCGCAAACGAGCUGCGCGCCAUGCGCCGCGCGGGCCGCGUCAGCGGCGAGGCCAUGGCCCAGGUCAUGCGCUACGUCCGCCCGGGCAGGACAGAGUCGCAGCUGCAGGCCGUCUUCGAGUACCACUGCGCCGUCAACGGCGCCCAGCGGCCCGCCUACGUCCCCGUCGUCGCCGCGGGCUCCAACGCCCUGACGAUCCACUACAUCAACAACGACCGCCUCGUCGGCGACGCCGACCUCGUCUGCAUCGACGCCGGGUGCGAGCUCGACGGGUACGCCUCGGACAUUACGCGCGCCUUUCCCGCUGCGCUCGACGGCAGGUUUACGGGCCCGCAGCGCGACCUGUACGAGGCGGUGCUGAGCGUGCUCAAGGGCUGCACGGCGCUCGCGACCGAGGAGCAGUGCUACACGCUGGCCGACCUGCACCGCCGCUCGGUCGAGAUGCUGCGCAUCGAGCUGAAAAACAUCGGCUUCCACCUGGGCCUGGGCACCCUCGAGCGCAUCCUCUACCCGCACUACAUCGGGCACUGGCUCGGCAUCGACCUGCACGACGUCGCCUCGGUCGAGCGCAGCACCAAGCUCGAGCGCGGCGCCGUCGUCACCAUCGAGCCGGGCGUCUACGUGCCCUACGACGACCGCUUCCCCAAGCACUUCCAGGGCAUCGGCAUCCGCAUCGAGGACGACAUCGCCGUCGGCGAGCGCGACAACGUCGUCCUCAGCGCAGAGGCGCCAAAGGAGGUGGCCGACGUCGAGGCGGCGUGCGCAGCGUGGGCCGAGGACGUCGACCGGCGCGAAUUUGCAGCCGCGGCGCCGAGUCGGGGCGGGCGCCAGCCGUCCGCCCAGCAGCAGCAGCAGCAGCAGCGGUGA